AUGUAUUUCUCUACAUCCGUCGUGGUCGCCCUGGCCUCCCUCCUCAGCGCUGUCUCUGCCCAGACGUACUUCCCUGUCGACCCUGAGGAAAUCGACCUUGGUACCAAGCAGACAUGGUGUCUCAACCAGAUCUCUUCCUGCGGUCUUCUCUGCCUUGAUCAAAAGUCUGGCAGCGGCUUCGUCAAUGAUUGCGAUAUCGAAACUCUCCAAUACCAGUGUAUCUGCGCCGACAACACUACCCCUAACACCACAGAGUACUCCCAGACUAUCCCAUACUUCCUUUGCACCUACCAGGUCCAGAACUGCAUCCAGAACUGUGGACAAUUCGACCCCACCUGUGCUGAAAAUUGCCGAACUGGACGUAUCUGCGGUGCUUCCAACCCUACCCGUGCAACUAGCACCGUCACCGGAUCCGACAAGACCACCAGCGCCCCAGAACCAUCCAACACCAGCAGCGAUGAUGAUGGUGACGAUGCCGCUUACGAUGCCAAAACAACUGACAAGAGUGGAUCCAAGACUACUGGCCCUGCUGAUGAUGAUGAUGCCCCAGCUGAGACUGGUGGUAGCAAAAAGGAGGACAAACCCAGCUCAGCUAUCAAAAUUGGAAGUAGCUAUACCUUCAGCAUCAUGCUCCUAUCCAUCCUUUGCGGUGCUUUCGUCUCCCAGUUAUAA